UUCGCGGAACUCAUGGCUCACUCGCGAACAUCCGCCUCGUUUUUAUCGAAGGAAUACAAAAAAACACAGCCCCGCAAGUAAUGGACAGAAUGACUACACGUGAGCUGGUCCAGUUUUCUUCUAGCUUUAUUUUUUCUCUGGAAAAGAAACAACAUAGAAGCAGGGACAAUAUAGCGUAGGCUCUAUAGUUUCUACUUAUACGUGAAGAAAAGAAGAAAAGGUGGGAUAAGAAAGCACGAGGCUCCAUCACAAUAGUGCUGUCCUAACCUUCAUACCGGAGCAUAUCUCAAAACACAAGAACACUUUAUUAGGAGGUACAGGAGGCUGUUGUACUUCGGGGUUUUUCUAAUAUUAUAUUGCGGUGGGAACCUAACUUUCAUUGUUUUACUGUAAAGAACAGCGAAUACUUUUGGAAACGAUUCUAAAAAGAUAACACUGCAAUCUUUGACAGAAGCACACUUUUUCUAUGGCGAACGACAGUAAAAAAUGCGACAUGAGCCAGCACACAGACAAUGGGAACCCGCGCACCAACGCGAUAAUGUUUUCCGCCGGAGUGAUAGGGAACUUGGCCGCUUUAAUCCUUUUGGAGAUUCGGCGCAGGAAGGACCAGAGCCGGCAGCGACUGUCGCUCUUCCACGUUCUGGUUACCACGUUGGUCGUCACGGACUUGAUGGGCACCUGUCUAGUCAGCCCUUUAGUCCUUGCAGCCUAUUCCUUUAACACAACCCUUAUUGCUAUGAUUCCCACUCGCCCUCCCGCAAUGUGUGAGUAUUUUGGAUUCUGUAUGACUUUUUUCGGCUUGGCCACUUUAUCUAUCCUUUUCGCCAUGGCGUUCGAGCGAUGCCUCUCUAUUGGGUAUCCCUACUUCUACGGGCGGCACAUCACUAGCCGUUGUGGAUACAUCACCAUUCCUUUCAUCUAUUUGGUUUGCGCGUUGUUUUGCACCAUGCCCUUCUUGGGUUUCGGGGACUUCGUGCAAUAUUGCCCGGGGACGUGGUGCUUCAUUGACAUGAAUCCGAAAAUGAAAGAAGACGGAGUUUACCCAGUCCUAUACGCUACGGUUAUCCUCAUUUUAGUCCUUUCUGUAGCUGCUUGUAACGCAUUUGUGGUUUAUCACCUGGUUUUGAUGUACCGGAGGCGCAAACUAAAUGGGGGAUCUGUGACAACUAGAAGUAAAAAAGACCGGAGUGUCCUCUCCAUGACCAAAGAAGUUGAGCAUCUCAUAUUACUGGUGUUCAUGACGGUGAUAUUCGUGAUUUGUACACUUCCUCUGGUGGUCCGGGUGUACAUCAGCUCUAUGGGCGAGUCAUACGCUAACGAUUCAUUGGACCGCACUGCUCUUCUCUUUCUCUCUGCCAACUCCAUCUUGGACCCCUGGGUGUUUAUCUUCCUCAGCCCGUCGGUGCUGCGCUUCUUCUGGGGUGCGCUGUGCAAGAGGCCCUUCCUGCGCUCUAGGGAGUCCUUAUUUAAGUCUUCCCUGGGGAAGAAGAUGCCCGUCCAGCUGGAGGUUUGCCAUCACAGUGCCAUUUCCGAGUAUACUCUCCCCAUCAAGUCCACUCAGAUGGUCUGAAAUUAUGAUGUGUUCGACCUAUUUGGGGCCUUAUUUAUUGUCUCUGAAGGGAUUAGACACUCAGAAUCAUCUUGUCUGCCUGGUGGUUCAGUCCAAUGGCAGUGUGUGGGGGGUGGAUCUUCUUCAGGGCAACCUCUGGACAAGCUGAGGAGCAGCCUAUGCAUACCCACAAAUGUAGGCUGCCGCUGCAUGUUUGUUUUGGAACAAGCUCUGAGCGUCUCCAGUUGGAAGUCUCCGGAUGCCAGAAAAACCAGUUAGAAGGACAGUUGGAUUCAAACUUUGAGGAGAGUGGAAUUGAAGUGUGGGCCACAAUCUUAAAAGCACUACCUAUUAUUUGUUGAUUCAGCAAAUACUCCCUGACCAGAUGCAACUACAAUGACAGCAACCCAGGAUUUACCACACCAAAAAUGUCAGAUAAGGACUGUUGAUGCAACUUUCAUAAUUGUGCAACGCUUACUCAACUCCUUUGUCCUCUGCUUCUCUGUGAACCCUCCAAAAAUGUUGUUGUAUAGCCUGCCAGGAUAGGAGUGGAGGAGUUUGGGAAAAAAACUCUCCUAAACAGUUUUCUGUAAUCCAGGAUACCCACCUGUGCCUUACAGACUGGUGUUUUAUCUGAGGAGACAAACCAUAGCUGAAUAAACUUUAUGCUACUUUUUAUCCAUGCAGCUUCUGGCACAACAAGCCAAAGGUAUUUAUUACAACCUUGAACUCAGCCUAUUAUGGGAUUCAUAUUCAUUCAAGUAAUUUCUGGGCUGACAGUCUCAUUACGUGCAGAUUUGUUUGCUUGUACACAUUUUCUUAACUCCUCUCUUUGAUUACUUUUGCCAUUUUUCAAUGGUAGCAGAGGACAGCAAGGAGGAGAGGACCCAGAGAAAACCAUGACCUGUAAACAUUACCCCUUUCACCUGACUGUGUCCACCUCAAAAAGCAAGAACAUUGCUCCUUGACACAAAAGGUUUUUGUCUCAGCUCAGGGGAACCGCAACAUGAAGUUCAAACCAGAUAUUGGUCAUUUGAAGUCUGGUAGCAUACAAAAUGAAUGUGGUAAUGUUAUGAGAAUCGUGAGAUUGCUUUUCCCGUGUACACAAAUGAAGUUCCUUUGAAUAGAAAACCCAGCUUCAGUAUGUAUUCCAAGGUUGGGCAACGUCUGUCCUGUUGCGCUAUAACACGUUUGUUAAAAAAAAAAAAAAAAGGAAAUUACAUUUACACUUUCUUUCUCUCGGGUUUUAGUGACAGUGAGAAAGAUGGAGAUGAGACAUAGUGGGGAAGUGUACAGAUGGUUCUCUGACAGGGAGCCACAUAAGUGCAUGGAGAAGGGAGUGUUACUAAUGGAUCACAGCCCUGCUCAAAUCUUCUGUUGUUUUGUUUUUUCCUGCUUGUUAAUUACACUCCCCUGAGGGCUAUUCCAGAAAGCUGAAUUAUUAACUUAGCAAGCCCUGUCAAUCCAUAUCUUGAGUUUUUGGCUCCAGAAAAACAGCUUGAGGUGUAGCCUGAUCAGAAAACAUAGCAACAAAUCCUGUGAACUAAACCUGUUACCUGUUGUUUUGACUCCAUGAUGUCCAUCACAUUUUCUGUCAUUGUCUUGUCAUUUACCUUUUUUGAUGUUGUGGUCACAUGAGUUGUCAGAUCAACGAAUCAACGCUUCACAUAGCCAAAUGAUUUGGUACGACCCAGACAUUUUGGAAUAUAACUCCGUCAUUUGGUUAAGAGAAUCCAGAUAUGUAAAGGAAACCCUGAAUCUGUUAAGCCAUCUGUCUGGAAUACCCUCAGAUGUCCCAGGUCUGAAUUAGUCUCGGAUUAGGAGAGGAUGAAAACCAGAACUGUUUCAGCCCUCCGGGACCAGAGUUUCCUAACCUUUGACUUAUUGUGAUUGGUUCUCUGAACUUCUGGGAUGGUCAGUGUACAGUACCGGAAGGUGAACUGGGCCUUGUGACCAUCACGGGACAGGAGGGUUAUAGGUCAGCUAAAUGACCCGGGUCACUGUAAUAUUGUUGUUAUUUUAAUGUUCUAAAGGUUAUUUUAUUGACAUAAUGAUGUCAGCAUGGAAUCCUUCCGGUUUUGGCAUGUUCCUAUAAAUGGUUCAUGUCCUGGUUGCACUAAACUCUGACCCCUUUGUCAUGCAUGUGUGUUUAUGUAAAUGUGCCAGCAUGUGUGCCAAUGCGGGUGUUUUCAUUUGUGCACGUGUUAACACUUCUGUAAAUAUGAGCAUGACUCAUGCAUCCGUUUGGCCUUAUCCUUCUAACUAGUUCUGGAACCCCACCUUCUGACAUGGAUGACGUCCAGAUGUGAGUGUUUAGACUCCCCAAAUACCCACUUAAAAAGUGAUCACUCUCCCCUAAUCAAAACAACCAGGGAUCGGACUGGCUCCUCGAAUAGAACUUACACAAGCGAAUCAGAGACCAUCAUGUUUCCACUGGGAAAAGACAUUGAAUUAACAACAUGCUUGAUCUACAUUUACCAACGCAAAAUAUACAGAAUAAUGACAUCAUAAUUAGAUAGCUGUAAUUACAUUGCAAAUGACUCCACGGGAACAGGCAAGGGACUCGUUACAAAUGCAAUUAAUUCUAACUACUCAUGGAUUUAAUUAAUGAAGGCUAUUAGUCAAAGGGGGGAGAUGAGUAGGAUGGAACAUAGUGUGUCAAGUGUUGGCCCCAGAUUGUCUACAUUGACUACAUUUAUGGUUGUUGUUUCUGCAAAAUGUUUUCUGUUGGAUUGCGCAGAGAACAAGACUCCUAGAGGAGGUCUAGGUGUUUGUAGGUUGUAUCGUAUUGUAUACCCUGCAUUUGGGUAAAGUAAUGUGGUUAAUAUACAGCCCUGUUUCCACAAAAGUUGGGACACUGCUUAAAAUGCAAAGAAAAACAGAAUGCAAUGAUGUGCAAAUCAUUUAUCCCUA